AUGGCUACGACAUCUUUGCCAUACGCGGUUGCCUUUGGCACUUGCAUUCUCCUCUACUUCGUUGUAUACCCCGUCAUUGUUUACUUUCGCGAUGUUAAUGGACUUCGACGUUACCCAAAUAUGCACCCACUCUCGGGAAUAUCAUGGCUGCCUUUUAUAAUACUCUCGCACUCUGGUGAACGAUCGCUGCGCCUUUCCAAGCUCCAUCAAAAGUACCCUGUCAUUCGCACUGGUCCCAAUGCGCUCUCAUACGGUGACCUGCGUGCCAUCAAGGACAUCUAUGGACACAAUACACCUUGUACGAAAGAUGGGCAGUAUGUUGUAGGUGCUGGAUCCCACUAUCAUCUUGCCGAUGUAGUCGACAAGCAUGACCACGCUCGCAAGAGGAAGACAUUGAGCUCAGCAUACGCUCUGAAGAAUCUAGAAGGCUGGGAACACAAGGUCGCCGAUAAGACUUAUAAGCUCAUUCAGCAUCUGGACAAGUGCUGUACUGCUCCCUUGAGAAGCGGCGAAGUUGUCAAACCCGAAGAUGUUAACGUCGACUUCCGAAAAUGGAGCAACUUCUUCACGCUCGACGCGAUCGCCGACAUUGGUCUCUCCGAAAAGCUUGGAUUCCUUGAUCGUGGCCAUGACCGUAUGACUGGAAGACGAACCGAUGGAACUACAUACGAGUGCGAUUUCCGCCCUGCAUUGUAUCAGACUGCCCGCAAGCAGUCUUUGCUUAUCUGGAAUUACGAGUGGUACCCGUUCAUCGACAAGGUCUCCAACCUGAUCCCGUUCUAUGGCCGCAUGGGCAAACUCUCAAAGGAUUGGGAAGGCAUUCCGAUGGAGCUCGCGCAUCGCCGUCUCCAGAGGUACCGCACAGGCGAGAAGCUGGAUGACUUCUUCCAGGCACUCAUGGAGGACAAGAAUGGCUACCCAAACAACUUGGAGUGGGGUGAGAUCGUGGCUGAAAUUAGUAUCAUGAUGAACGCCGGCUCCGCAACGACCGCCAUCGCGAUCACGAACAUCAUCUAUCAGCUCAUCAAGAAUCCCGAGAUAUUGAAGAAGGUAACUGAAGAGAUCGACGCCGCGGUGGAAGAUAACGAGGACGAAGAUGAAAGCGGAGUGCUCGCGUACGACAAGAUUAAGCAUCUCCCUUACCUGCGGGCAUGCUUGGAUGAAUCUCUUCGCCUCUUCCCCCCAACACCACACGGGUUGCCGCGUGAAACGCCUCCCGACGGUGCAAAUAUCCUUGGCGACUAUAUCCCCGGCGGCGUCACAGUCUCCAUGUCUGCACUUGUCGCCCACCGACAAGAGUCGGCGUUCCCGCAAGCCGACAAAUUUAUUCCGGAGAGAUUCCUCGGUGAGGAAGGCAAAAGGCUCCAGCCGUACUUCCUUUCGUUCUCUGCGGGCGCCAGAGGCUGCAUCGGGCGCAAUAUCUCGUACCUGGAACAAGCCGUUGUCGUCGCGAGUCUGCUUCGAAGAUACAGCUUCGCUUUGACUAGCCCUGAUUGGCAACUUGAAAGGUUGGAGACACUUAAUUGGAUAUUGGGUGAUAUGCCAGUCAAGGUGUGGAGGAGAAAGCGCAAAUCGGCUUCGAGCGAGUGA